AUGGUGUCUCGGUUGCCUACAGAGAUCUAUGCCAUGAUAAUUAGAUGCCUCGUCAACGAUACGCGUGGGAAGUCCCCGGAGGAGAUGAAAAUCCUUUGCGAGGAGCACCUAUAUACCAACAUACAAUGCAAGCGACUAUCGAUCGAAAUCAAACCACAAUGGCUGCUUUGCUUCGCUCUGGCUGUUGAGCCUCGUAGAGCCCAUACUAUCCGGUCAAUGAAAUGCGACUUCAGGCCACACUAUUACCAGUACCAAGCAUGGCUAGAGACUCUUAGGCUCUGUACCAACCUGACUCAUCUUAGACUGGCUUGGCGAGGCAUGCCUCCCCAGAACUUUCUAGAACAAAUGGGUAACUUAGUUGCUGCUUGUCCCAAGGUUACAGAGUUCGAGUUCCACCUGUGUCGCCAUGAAGAUCCCGGUCCUAUCGAGACUGAACAGAAAAGCCGAAAGUUUGCGCUGCAAUUCGCAGAUUUUGCGCUGCAGCUUCGUCACUUGGAAGUAGUUGGCCUAUUCGAAUACCCCAUCGAGAUUCUUAACUUCGAUCUCCCAAAUCUGAAGUCUUUCACUCUUGACAUAUGGGGCUAUCGAGACGAUUUCUUUCAGAACCUAUCUGACCGGACUCCCUGUCUAGAGACGCUGAAUAUAUUCGGGGCUGAACAAAUCUGGGUACAUGAUCUGGAGGCCGGAUGCAAAACAUGGGGAAAAGUAUUACGGUCUCUUUACAUCAACGACUUCCGAGUCUGGAAUCUUCGCAGCGGCAUCCUUUCCCAUCUAUUGCCCCAUCUUAAAGCAUUGGAAGAGCUUAGUUUGGGUCCGCAAUCGAGAUUCCCCCUUUCAGACAUCCAGGCUAUUGCUCAGACGGAUGCUCCACGCCUUAAAGCUUUCAGAUGGCUGGUGGAUGAUGCGGUGUUCGAACACGACCCGCUAGCAAAUUCAGAGAAAAUCAAUAAAGCCAUCAUCGACAUCUUUAAUGCUCACUCUGCGACUCUCGACAUCUUCAUCAUAGAUGAAGAAUUCGACUUUUGGAACUUCGGCAUGGAUAUUUUUAAGCACCUUCACAAGGCAAAGAAUCUGGAAAGCCUUCGGGUACAGCUGCAUGAUAUACCUACAAAAGAAGAGAUCGAAGGUCUUCUGACAGCAUGUCCGAAGCUUGGACAGUCAGAAACGGGACUAAUGGUGGUCAAGGAGUUCUUGACUGAGUGCAGCUUGGCGACUAUGGAGUACAAGGAGGAUAGUUUAGAGGCAGUGGAGAGUAGCUGGGGAAGUGUACACCAUCCCAAGGGGAUGGUAAGAUCAAUAUAG